AUGGGUGCCUAUCCAACACAAACUCGUUGGGGUGGAACUAUACUGAUCGCGAUAGUGCUUAUUUUCAUUAUCAUAGUGCGUACAUCAACUGCGGCCGAUUCGAUUUGUGAGCGAAUAGACUUCAACGAUAUAAAUACGUGGAAAGUGCAACAGUGUUCAGGGCCAGUACGCGAGAUCUUUCGCCUGAGGGCAUACGCUUCGUCGCCAUUGUUUCGACCGUUUCGAGAGAGCGUUACCUAUUUCCUCUCGAACGAUGUGCGUGGCAUUAGCUGCACGGAAUCGAUAAACAGUUUCUACAUGAACGCUUUCACGGAGAUUCGAAUGAUUUAUCAGCUAAUGUUUAGAAGCCCUUGCUUACUAACGCUCAUGGUGUACGAUUUGGACAUGACGGAUCAGUACGGAGAGCCACUAUUAGCGCAGAAUUGGACAACACGCGCCCAAACAUCCACGUGGAGUUUAUUUGUGGGAAAGGUGGAACGAGAAAUAAGACGUGCAAGAAUACAGCUCCAGGCAGACAUGAGCGCAGAUGGAGAACUGGCGAUAGAGUAUAUAACAGUGUUUAAUCCUCUGGUGUUAGAAGAGUUCUGUAUGGUGUUAGAUGAGUUUUAUACAACUCCUGAACUAAGCACCAUAUCCAGCACCAGACCUACCACAAGGACAACUUCGAUUCCGUAUACAACCACGAGGCGAACCCGAAGUACUACUACAUCUACUACCAGAACAACGCCUACAACACCAGUCACUACUACUUUGCCACCUACUACUACAACUACUGCUACUCCUUCUUCCACUAGCACAUCAACUACUACCUUACCAACUACUACCACAACUACUGCUUCCCCUCCUAGCACUAUUACGUUUCCACCUACUAUUGCAACUACUACGACACCAUCUACUACUUCAACUAGUACUACGACGCCUUUAAUAACCACCACGACUUCAUCCACUACUACCUCCACUACGAUACCUUCUACCACUACCAUCGGGACGACUCCUUCCACCACUACUGCAACCCCUUUCUCUACUUACACGAUUUCGACCAUUUCUACUUCUACUUCAACUACUGCCUCUUCCACUACUACCACCACCACGACCCCAUCCACUACUACCACAACUACGACACCUUCUACUACUAUCAGUACAACAACUCCGUCGACUACUGUUAUUAUUACCUCUUCGACUAUUACUACUACCACGACCAUUCCUUCCACUACUAGGACUGCUUCUACUAAUUUAAUAACCACUUCUACUGUAACUCCUUCCACUGCGACCCCAGUUCGUACAACUACCACGAUACCGGUCACCACUACUACGUCUAACGUCAUUACCAACCCGAUGACAACAAUUACUACCUCAAGUAAGUCUCCUACUAGCUUCACAACAAUUAAUUCUUCUUUGACAAGCACAACUGCUUUCGUUACCUCAACAACACCGAUUACAUUUUUUACAACAAACCCCGCAGCUCCAAACACUACUACCACGUACAUGACCCCAUCGAUUAUAAAUACAACACUAUCGAACACCAAAUCACCUGAACCGACUUAUACCAGCACCACUGAAAUGUACACCACGACGAGAAGACGACGUACUAGUACGACUGCAGAGAAAUCAACGCCCACUUCUACUACUAUUACAAACUAUUCCGAUUUAACGCAAACGUUGCCAACAACCAGUGUUCCUAUGGUAUCAACAACAUCUACCACUACCACUGUAUCAAGUACACCGAAAACAACAACACCAACAACAUCCAUAAUACAAACAACAACAACAAAACCAACCAGUGGCUCCAUUACCAGCACAACAUCCACCGCUCUUCCUAUUACUUCCCUCACAUCUACCAGUGCAAUUCUUUCGAGUACAACGUCUACGCCGAUCAGUGCCAUCACGUCCACGACGUCCGCACUGCUCACGACCAGAAUAUCUAACCCACCAACACCCUGGAAUAUGUCCACCACGACAGAAACUAAUCCAACCAACAUUACGGACAAUCCUACGACAGACCCAUCAACAUUGCCUAUAGUGAACCUGCCGAAUGCAACGAUUGCACUAUGGAUAGCGCUAAGUGGUGUGUUUAUUGUUCUAUUCAUCCUUGCAUCGGCCGUCGCUCUAUAUAUCUACGUAUCGGGGGUUGAAAUUCACAACGCACUCGGUAGCAUGGGACAGUUUUUCACCUGCAGAAAACGUGACCAACCAGAAAGCAUUGAGGACCCUUACAGCACCCAGCAGUCGAACAAUUUUGAUCCGUUUGACUCGUUAUACGGGCAACAAUUACAGCAACAGCUCAAAAACAGACUGCGGCCAAAACACAACAGUAUCAGCAGCAUUAGCAACAACAGCAGUAAAGCUAUCCGUCAAAAGUAUCCCAAAUUUAACGUGGACCCUUACCAGCAAGCAUCAAUGGCGGGCACUGUAAAUGCAACAUCGCUAAACCAACCACGCUUCGAUCUGAUGGACGAUAUCGAUGUCAUCAAGUACAAAAAUAGACUAAAUAAACUGUAG